GGUGCGCUUGACGCAGUGGACUCCACCCAUGGUUUCCAGCGACUGCCGGAUGUGAGGACAGUAAAGCCACGGGAACCAGACAUCGACAUUGACGACGUGCCAGCGAUACUUAACAUCAAAGCUUUGCAGCCUGAGGCAUCCAACACCUCGUCUCUGCAAUUUCCAUUUGGCAUCGAUGGCAUCUGUGCCGGCGAGCCCUUCGAGCACCUGUCGGAAGAGUUUCAGAAGUUGCUCGACCAGCUGGUGCAGCAGCACAUGCGCGAGGUUUCGAGGGCUGAGCUCGAAGUGGAGGCUCUCCGACGUGAGGCCAUGGAGAGGGCCAAGGAUCCUUGUGAUCCCUGCGAGGUCGGGUCUGCAGUGACAGUGCGGACGAUCGGCUCAAAGGGCUCCAACAGGGGCUCUCCCGUGCUACAACCGGGGUCCAAGGGAAAGCGGCGCACAUCUCAAGCCGGCCACGGCCCCAGCCUGCACGCCAGCGAACUGCUGGGGGUCUGGGACGCGAAGGAGGAGGAUCAGACGGACCUUGAGAAGUUCUUCAAAGGCAAGUCCAAGUCCGACGUCUCCAGCAAGCUGCUGAGGAAGGAGACUGAUUCGGAGGAGUCUAGGUCCGAAUCGGUUCUGGCCGCCGAAUACCAGAGGAAGCCGUUCAUCGAAAAGAUACGUGCGUGGCUUCAGUCGCACCAAUACGAGAUGGUCAUGGCAGGAAUCCUGCUGCUCAACGUCUUGUGGAUGGCCUUCGAACUUCAGGUGCAUGGCUCAAAGUCCGGGUUUCUUAUCGGCGUCUCGGAAGCGCCCAUGGUCCCCACCGAGGCGAUGCCGGCAUGGGAUCAAGUCUUCCUCAUUGGUGACAUGACCUUCGCGGCUGUUUUCGCCCUCGACGUUUGCGUACGCAUCCUGAUCCUGCGGUUGCGGUUCUGGACAGUCUGGAUGAACUACAUCGAU